UCCGCCGCUCCGCUCCGUCCCUUGCUCGGCCGCUCCGUCGCGCCUCCGCCUCGCCCGCCAUGAGCGCCUCCGGGCCGCCGCUGGGCCAAGCCGGGGAGGAGAAGAAGAAGGAGGGGGAGGCGGAGGAGCGCCCCCAGCAGCAGCACCAGCAGCACCAGCAGCAGCCCCGCCGGCGACAGCAGCAGCAGCAGCAGCAGGAGUGGGGCUGCUUUGCGCGGGAAGCAUGAGCCGAGCGGCCGGGGGCUGGGAGAUGGAGGCGCUGCGGGCCGAGGCGGCCGCAGGAGCGGGAGGCGGCGGGAGCGGGCAGUGCCGCCACUUUCUGCCGCCGUCGGUCUUCGGGGCGGCGUCGGGGCGGCCGGCGGGCUCCAGCGCCUCGUCCCCUGGAGCCUUCGCCUACGAGCGCCCUUCGGGGGCUGGGGCGGCAGCACGCUCCUCAUCCUCCUCGUCGGAGGCGGCCCCGGCCAAGGAGUGCUCGGGCACCGCGGCGCUGCCCCCCUCGGCCCCCAGCAGCAGCAGCAGCAGCAGCGCCGCCGCCGCAGCCGCCGCGGCCGCCGCUCUGGGCUACCACCCGGGCUACCACCCCUUCGGCAACGGCUACUACAGCUGCCGGAUGGCCCACGGCGUGGGGCUGCAGCAGAACGCCGCCCUCAAGGCCUCGCCGCACGCCGCCGCCUUCCCGGUGGAGAAGUACAUGGACGUGGCCAGCCUGGCCGGCCCCAGCGUGCCCUCGGGCGGAGGCGGCGGCGGCGGCGUCAGCAGCAGCAGCAGCAGCGAGGUCUCGGCCCGCGCCAAGGAGGUCUCCUUCUACCAGGGUUACGCCGCCGCUGCCGCCGCCGCGGGCGGCCCCUACCAGCACGUGCCCGCCGGCUACCUGGACAUGGUCUCCACCUUCGGCUCGGGGGCCGGGGAGCCAAGGCACGAGACCUACAUCUCCAUGGAGGGCUACCAGUCCUGGACGCUGGCCAACGGCUGGAACGGGCAGGUGUACUGCGCCAAAGACCAGGCCCAGGGGGGCUCCCACUUCUGGAAGGCCUCCUUCCCAGGGGACGUUGCACUAAACCAACCGGACAUGUGUGUCUACCGGCGGGGGAGGAAGAAGCGAGUGCCUUACACGAAGCUGCAGCUGAAGGAGCUGGAGAGCGAGUACGCCCUGAACAAGUUCAUCAACAAGGACAAGCGGCGGAGGAUCUCGGCGGCCACCAACCUCUCGGAAAGACAAGUCACCAUCUGGUUUCAGAACCGCAGAGUCAAGGACAAGAAAAUCGUCUCCAAGCUGAAGGACAAUGUCUCCUGAUCCGGGCCCCCCCAAGGCCUGGGGAGACUCGUGGCAACUCGCCACCCACGGUCGGCUCCAAGGACUUUUGGAAAGACUUGAAAAUCUAUUUAAGAUGUCGCCCAGUGACGGGCGGUGAAUUUUGUGAAGCGUGUUUCGCGAAGAGGCUGAUAAUUUCUUCUCGGAUUGAAUUGAAUGCUGCAGGUCUUCCCCUUUCAGUUUUUAACUCCCUUUCCUUCAUUGUAUUUUGGUAGGUUCUGGUUUUUCUUCUUCUUUUUCUCCCCCCGCCCCCACCCCAGGCCAGUGUACUGUGGAACAAUUAGCAGUCAUUAACUUCUUAGAACUGUAAACUUGUCUAAGACAACCUAGGUGCUAAAAUGUGGUAUAUCUGUAGCUAUACAUAUUUUCCUACCACCAACCACCCGAAUUUGACUAAGGAUCCGAAGACAGUAAUUUGUACAAUGUAUGAUGACGUCAUUGCCAAGCAAAAGUCUGGUUUUCCAAGGUAAAUGAAGUUGCGGGUUGUCGCAACCUCUCUGUUACGGCGAGGUGAAAUACUCCGAUGGACUCCUCCGGCCACCCCCUCCCAAAGCGAUUCCAGGGAGCCUCGUCUUGAUCCCAGAGGGUCCAGCUUCCUGAGGUCUGCCACUCCAGCCCUAAGCACAGGCACUUGGAAAUAUGCUCUGCUGACCAUGGGUAGGGCUUACUUCCAAGGAAGCCUGUUUAGAAUCCCGGGGGCGCUCACAUUGGCAUGUCCCGAUCUUUUUCUCUUUCUUUUUUGGAAAGGCUAUUUCAGAGUGGCAUUGCAAUUAAGUUGCCUGCACCCCACAUUUCUGAUGGGUAUUAGUUUGUCCUCUUUUAUGUACCGUCGCAUGGAUCCGUCUUCCUUGUAGAAAUUCGGGGCACGAUCUGGCCAAAGUUAAGGCUGAGGAGGAGGAGCCUAUGUAUGUUUACUCGGAAGUAAUUCCCACUGAGUUCAAUGUGAUUUAUUCCAAGUAAGUAUACAUAGUACUACACGCUAAGCACGCUCUCGCCUUUCUUCCUUUGAGAUCAAUGGGAUUGUUGAAGCUCCUUUUGGCUGGAUUGUGCCCCCAGUGUUUAUGCUUAUUGCAACACACACAACGGCAGCCGAAGCGUCACACUUUGGUCUAUGAAUAAGCCCUUUUUAUGACUGUUGUACUAAGGGUCAGGGCACCGAACAUUAAGCUAGUAACCUAGUAAAGAAAAGAAAAAAUACCCACAGUGGCCUGGGCUUUCAGAGGUUUAAGCCGAUCGUGCCUAUCUCUUUAGUUGUAUAAAGGUGUGUAUAAAUCGAUGUGUAUUUUUAUAUAAAUAUUGGAUGCCCUGUGAUUCUCUUUGUCUGUCUCCAACACGAUGGAAAGUGCCUUAGUUAACCCUUCCUGACAUUGGAUAACUUCUGCUCAAAGGAGUGCGCGUUGUUGAUCGCUUUUAAGUUACGAAAUGAAACGGGUGUUAGUGAAAGAAGCAAUAAAUCCCCUCCACAAAAAGUCCCAUGUUAACUAGC